AUGUCAGUCGCGUUUCAUCACCGUAUGCGCACUCAAUACAUUUCUCCCACGUACAACCAUCACCACUACGGCUUCGCCAUCCACGCGUUUGGCCAAUUCGAGAGAAACACCACCUGCAUUGCUCCCAUUGAGCUCAGGAUCCCCAACCACGAGCCCACCACCUACUUCGACGUCAUCACCUUCACCAAAGACACCUACCACAUAGCCGUCAUCGCCAUCAUCGCUAUCAACAUGAGCGCCCCCUCCCGCGAGCAGUGCAUGGCUGCCCCCACUCCUGGCCGCUUCGUGUCUGAUGUCAAUCGUAUUGGUCCUGAUGGCAGAAUUCUUCCCGCUGGUGCUGCUUUUGCUGCUGCUGCUGCUGCUGCUGCUGCUGAGCAGGAGGCUCGCAGAAGAGCUGACGACCAGACCUUUGCUACUGCUGCUGCCGUCAGCCGCGAGGUCGAGCGCGAGAACGCUGGCGAGAAAAAGUCUCUCCUUCGUCGUGUUGGCAGCAAGAUCGCUUCUGUCUUCAAGCGUGAUCAGGAGAAGAUGAACUAG